AUGAGUCACCUAGGCUUUCAGACCCUCUGCAGCGUGCCGAGGCACUUGGCACCACUGUCGCGAGAACUGAGUGUACUUCUGCCGGGUGUCCUGGCCCAUGCGGCCCCAUCCGUAAACACUUUUGCUGGGAUCCCCGCUACGGCCAUUGACCCUGCGUGGUUCUCGGCGAACCCGCGCGAUAGCACCGCGAGCCUCCGACGGCCGGUGCUCUUUUUGACAGGCGGCCAUCCUCUUCUGGCCUUCUCUUUGAGAAGCUGCCUCUACAGGCUGGGCUUUUUUCCUUCUGACCUGGUCGGUUAUUUCCUACGGCGGCUUUCCGACAGAGGAUUGGCGAGCCAUCGGAAGCUGCGAAGACUCCGUACGAAGGCGAGGACGCUUCUGCGGACAGUGGUGGUUGGCGCGACCUCGGCUUUUCAUCCGAGAGUCCCUACAGCCAUAGCCGCCCUACGUGGACACCACUCCCUCUCUCACCUGCCAGCACAGGUGGAGGCUAUUCGACAACAAGCGAUGUCCUGGCAGUGCCAAAGUUGCUGGCAGUGGGCGAAGGCAUCGGCCAGCUAUUGCCCGCAGUGCGGAACUGGCAAGCAGAGCUAUGUGGCCAAAGGCAAGGGAUAUGGAGAUCCCUGGACUCACGGCCAGGACAAUGGUGCACCAGAGCGGACUUGGUGGGAAGGCAAGCGGCCCAAGUCUCCGCGAACCAGACCGCCGUCGCCCCGACAGAGGGGCAAAGGGGGCGGCCAAGGCAAGCAACAAGGCAAAGGCAAAGGGCCGAAAGGGCCGAAAGGCUCAAAAGACAAAGGAGCCCCGCCAGAAGCAACGACGGCACCGGGUGUUGCUUCUUUGCCGGCAGCCCCGGAGGCGAGUGCACUCGCUAUGCCCAAGGCGGGGACCAGCAAUGCUCCUGGCAGCGGGUCUGCGGAUGGCCAGCUGCUCCGGGCCGUUCUGGCUCAUCUGGCAACAAGGGACGACGUGCCGGCGGAGCUGUCUGCACUCAUGGGACAGCAUGCCGACGAGAGCCAUCGUGCCCAGGGACGGGCCUUGCACAAGGUGGUGGCCCGCCAACAGGAGGCCAAAAGGGCCCUUUUCCGCGUCCGACAAGAACGACAGGGCUACGAACAGGCGUGGAGUCAAUACUUAGGACAACUGACGCAGCUGCUGGAGAAACAACUGGCAGAACGGAGCGAGGCCCUUUCCAAGUACGACGCCUCGGAGGCAGCCUGGAAGGAGCAACUGGAAGAGGCCUCCACGGAGCUCAGUCGUCAUGCUGCGCAGCCACUAGGCAAAGAGGGCAUGGUGGAAGUGCAGGAGAUCUCCGAGGACGAGAUGGACACCAGGGACCGGCAGGUCGACGAAGCCAUCGCCGAGGAGAUGCAAGCCCAGAAUCGCCUGCAAAGCGAACAGACGACCCAGCAGGCACAGAAGAUGAUGGAGGCCUUGCGGCAGAUGCAGCAAGGCUUGCCGGAAAAGUCCGGCGGACAAGCGCGGGAAGGUUCCCGCACACCGCGAAGAUCCGGCUCCAAGGAGCGAGAUGCUGCCGAUGGCGAUGGCAGUGGCAAACAGCCAGGAGCGCAUCCUGCCAAGGAGCAGCCCCCUGGACAGGUACAGUCAGAUUUUUUCCCACCGGUAGGCUCUGUCUCCAGCGAGGGUGCGCGGGCGACCAGCCUCGGUGAAGGAUAUGAGCCUGAGAUAGUCUUUCCAGAUGCCGCCGUGCGCAUGGGUGUUUUGCCGGCUGGAUGUUCUGAUGUGACGGUCUCGGCGGAAUGUUCAGAUCUUGAGGCUGGCGCUGCGAAAUCCCUGGCGGGGACUUUAGAGCGUUCUGCAGGUAGGGCGCGAGCAAGCAUCGACCCUAGCGCGGAGGUUCCUUCCUCCGGCCAUCCCUUGCAUUCCCAGUCGCAGCUUGUGCCACCUCGGGUGUGCACAGCCAGGUGUCCAGGUGUUAGCAGGAUCCACCGUAUCAGGCAUUUCUUGCCUCUGCAGGUCUGUUUUCCAGGUGACCUGAAGACUCACACCUCCCGAUCCAUGAACCAAUGGGCCCGCUCCGCAAACCAUGCCCUCGGAUCCUGUCCCAACAUCGCGGCUGAUGCUCGUUUCAAGGCCGGUUCCCUGUCGAACCUUGGCGAGACAUCGGAGACUCCAUUGUCCCUGUCGCAGCCUGUGCGGUCACCUUGGACCAGCACGGUGAUGGACCAAAGCUACCGAGCCCGGCAGCAGCAGCAUCAAGCUGAUGUCUGCCUCACCACUUCGGAGGUUCCUCCCUCCGUUCUUUAUGGCUGCAGGCACUCACACUUCGGUCCUUCCCCGAUCUCCACGGAGGGAUGGACAGCCGAUUGUGUGGUUUCUGCACCCGAGGCCGCGCCAGGCGCCCAGGCGCCCAGGCAUUUCACUGCGCUGAGCCUCCAGUUGGCCGCCAGGGUUUCCGUAUCCCCCCCGGAACACGACCGUUGGGAGGUGCGAACACAACCGCUGGCCAGCUUCCAAUGGAGUGGGCUAGCUAGGCCUCAGGAACGCACAGAUGCUUUGCCCCUACCCGGCCAAUAUGUGCUUUUCGAUACUGAGUACCAUAUGCGGGUCCGGCCUCUCGGUCCGCUUUGGACCAUUGACCAUGUCGUGGCAGACAUCCUGAGCCUCAUGCCCAGGACAAGAGCCGUCAGGUUCCUGCACCGCACGCUCGAGGGUCUGCCCACACUUCAGGUUUCCGCUACCCUUCGGGAUGCCAGGCCUGGUGAAGAGGCCACCCCUCUUGACCUGCGGGAUAUGACAGGUGCGAUUUGCACAUGCUACCUGAGUCCAGGGCUCCCUCAGGAUGGCAUUCUUGCAGCAUACCAGCAGCACUGCCCUUCGGGGCACCUGCCCACAUCACCUUUUGGCGUGGUCGGCCCCAGUGGAGAAGCAAUCUCUGCAGUGCCUCUUGUGCCGCCAGGAGUUGACUUUGUUAAAGCGCGGCCCCGGGCUGAGGUUGAAGCGGCCAUGCGCCUGAUGCAUCUUAGGGGGGUCGCCCGACCACCUACUUCUGCUGUCAGCGCUACUGCACAGGGUGACCAGCUCGCCGACGACACCACAUACACCACUCCCACGACUACUGGGACUAGGGUUUCACCAGGUGAGCCACAGGAAGCCACACCUGCGCAAAGGCUUCUGCGCCUUGCGGCCGCCGAAUCGGCCGAUCCCUUCCAUCAGGCAGGUGCUGGCCUUUACCCUUCAUGUGUUGCCUUCAGCCCCGAUUUCCUCCGGCGGCCUGAGGUGGUUCACAGACCACUCGCCGAUUUGUGCCUUUUCGACAGUCUCCAGGUGAGCACUGGGGGACUUGACUUCACGGUGCAUGCGGCCGGAGCUGAGGCUAUUGCCAUGCAGGCCUACCCGGAUUGGUCGCUCGCUACUUUCUUCCAUGCAGCGACAAAUGCAGUGCCACAGCUCCCACAAGCCGUCCAACUGCUUCUUUCAGGCGUUCCUGGCCUACCGGAGCCCCAAUUCGUCUUAACAGCAGCAGGGGCGAACGGCAUUGCUUUCCCGGUUGACUUUCGCUUUAUUGGAGGCCCGGUGGUGACGGUCUCCGCUGCACAAGGGGACACCAUCGAGCAACUUCUGCAGCAUGCUCCUGGCCUGGAGACAUCAGAAGCUGUGCAAGACCUCCUGCUGCACAGGGAUCUCUUCCUUCAAGAUGCCAGGGGCGGUAUUCACACAGCCGUGCCGGAAAAUGCUGCCGAGCUGCAAUGGCUCCGUGUGGUCAAUCGUGCCGGCAUCGUCGGCUGCACCGCAAUGAUGCCCUUCGGGACACCGCCCCUCACUUCCACUUCAACCACCACCACCGGCAUGCAGGGAGAGGCUACUACAGUCCGCCUCACCCUCACUGGGGCUGGCAUGACGAUGACCACCGCACCAGUCCCGUUGGCACAAUUUGAUGUGGUUGAAGAACUGACGACCCUGAUUCUGGCAAUCACGCGGGCUGGCCGUCUCCCCAGCGAUGCCCAUGUAGUCAUGGCUGCCACAUGGCCUCUCCCAAGAGGCGGCCGCCACUUCAAUAUUCCAAUUGUCAUCUACUCUCCCGAAGAGUAUCAGCAUAUCGUGUUGGACCCAUCGGUCGAUGGAUCCCAGAUCCAUAGCAUGGUAGUGCAAGCUGGUACCCUCCCUGAGUACACCUUGUCCCGCAACCAGGAGAAUUUGGGACUGGCGGCCUGGGUCAAUGGCGCACCGCAGUCUGCCGUCCGCCGACCACUACGCACCGGGGACUUUGUGGUCCCGGCUUUCAACACUUUGGCUGCACGGGCAUCGCAUGCUGGGGCUAAUGCUGAAGUCAGGCAGGCUCUCCUCACGGCGAUGGAUCGGGCUGAGCCCCUCCUGCGAGAGCUAGGGCUCUUCUCGGAUGCUACGCGUAUCUUGGAUUCCCGCAUAGAGGACUUGGUCGCCCAAGUCUUUAUCCUGGCUCCGCCGGAAGUUAGAGGCAUGACGUAUUCAGUGCCCAACCCUAUCCUGUUUGGGGCACAUACGCUCAUUCACCUCCCUGCCGACACCAGCCCGCCCUGGCACCUUCUACCUGUGCAAGAUGGACUCACUCUCAUCCCUCCACAGACAUCCUCCGCGGCCUCCAAGCCUAUGAGCAUUACGACAGUGCAGUCCUCCGGCGGGACGUCUCUUGCGCAGCUGCCCGACUACAGACAGGCACACCAACGGCGUUGCAGACAGGCCGAACUCAAAGGUCUCGUACGGCCAGGUUGCCCCUGCAUCAAUGGACAGGUGCAAUGUGCCCCUGAGGAGACUGCCGCCUCCUCAGAUCCAGGGCACACAACAGGGUCCCUGGGUCGUGUUAAAAGGCAAGUCGCAAACCUUGAAGCUAACAUUGCUGCUGCGCAGUUUUCCAUUGCCACUCCUCACGGCCGAAGAGUGAUCCCAGCUGCCCCAGAGCGUACGGCUGAUAACACACUUCAUCCCUAUGCUGACCCGGGCUGCAACCCCCUGUCUUGUCAGGGCCCCGUCGGUCGUCCCUCGGAGCCCACCUUUCCUUGUACAGCUACCAAUGAAGCACCCUCAGGGCCGGAACAUAAGCAGCCGAGUUCCCCGGCACAGAGUCUGCUCUCCUCGGCGCCCAAGGAUCUCGCGCCACCAGCACCGCAGAGGCCUGUUGUGCCGCCUCUUGAGGCCUGGGAAGCUGCGUGGCACUCUACGCCAGACAGAGCUGUUAAAGGACCUGCUGCAAGACUCCUGAGCCAGCGGCAUCCACCAGGCCAAGGCUGCCCGGAGGCCAUCCACAUCUACGUAGACGGGUCGGCCGGCCCGGGCAUGACGCCUGGCUGGUCAGUUGUUGUCUGCGAGGCAUACAACCAAGAUGGCACCUGCUGGGAAAAUGUACUGGGUUUUUUCUCGGGGACCACAGCUGCCUUUGCCACCAAAGCCUUAGCGGGCACAGAGCAUAACAUGGAUGGGGAAACAGUCGCUCUUGCUGUUGCUUCUGUUUGGGCGGCAGCCUGGCCCCAGCAUGCCCGGCUCAUCAUUUUCUGCGAUUGUCAAGCGCUCACUGAUAUUGCCCUCGGCAUUGCUGAACCUCACAUGCAGACUUCUACCGGCCGUCUUCAGCAAGCUUGUCGCUGUGUUUGGCAGGCCCUGCAAAGACGACCUGUUCCGGUGGACUUACAGUGGCUGGCCAGUCACCAAGGUUGCCCUGGCAACGAGCUUGCGGACCAAGUUGCCAAACAGGCUCGCACCUUGCAGGCUCGCCAACUGCCUUUGGCCCUUUUCGCUUUGUUGAAGCACCCGCAGCUGCCAUGGCUAUGGCACCAGCUUUUCCCUUUGCCUGCCCUACCUGCUCUUGACACCUUGUCUGCACCCCAGUACGAGGACCCAGAUCCGGUGCCCAGCUCCUGUUUUCCGCGAGCACAGGUCCAUGAGUCCAAGAAGCAAGGCCCUGCGCAUGCCCUGCUCCUUUGUACCUACAACGUCCAAUCCUUUGCAAAGCGCAAAGACCUCUGCCGAACCCAAUUUCAGCAUCGAGGUACCGCACAAGUGGGAUCUGCGCUGCCAGCGAUUACCUUGAACUUAGGAGUGCGGCAGACUCAGGUAAUGGCGGAUGUGCCAUCUGGAUCGCAAAGCAGCUCCCCACGGGCACCCUGCAGGCAAAGCAAGCAAAGCUUCUCCACCAAGAUCCAGUUGGUCAGACUCAAGGCAGCCAGGCUCGACUGCUUUCUGUUCUCUGGGCACGCCCCACAUUCUGGGGCCCCCGCCUCCGUCGCUGAUACCUGGUGGCACGACACACAGGUCCUGCUUAGCAAGCAUGUCCAGCCUGAUGUCCCCCUCCUAGUGGGCAUUGAUGCCAAUGCGCAGCUCGGCGAAAUUCCCUGUGCCGCCAUCGGGCAGCAUGCCCCGGACCCAGAGACACCCAACGGGGAGCGUCUCCGCUCCUUCUGUGACAGCAAUUGUCUAGCACUGCCGGCAACCUUUGCCUCUUCCGGUGGCGCCAUCCUUCGGCGCGACCCAGCUGCGUAUACAUGGGUAGCUCCUAAUGGGGGCCGGCACCGCAUCGACUACAUUGCGAUCCCGCAGCCCUGUCUAGAGGCGGUUGAAUGGCACAGUGUUUGGCACGACUUCGAGACAGGAGGACCAGAGGACCACUACCCGGUCCUUCUGCGUAUGCGCCUUAAGGCUGACACCACCCCUGAUGUAGAAUGUGGGUUCCCUCGCAUUGGACUGCGCAGGGUCUCCGAUGUGUCUGCGGCAGGGUUAGACCUUGGCCCAAGCCUCCUCCAGGCCUCACACAUCCCGUGGGACACCAACAUCCACCACCACGUGGCACAGCUCGAUAGCAUCAUGUGGAAGGCCGCAGACACCCCGUCUCCUCCCAAGCGUCCUCGCAAGUCUUAUCUUGACGAUGAAGCUUGGGCGGUUGUGCUAGCGCGCAAGCAAGCCAAGCGUGACAUCGUCCGGGCGGCUCAAGACCUUCGAAGAACAGAGCUUAGUUUGCUUUUCAGGGCAUGGAAAAGAAGCUACCAAACCGCUGCGCCUCUGCCUCUGCACUGCCAUAAGCUUGAGCGGGCUCACUGGAGGUACUACACUGCCCUGGCAGCUUACCGCCGCCUGCUUCCCAUCCUUCGAGCAGCUAUCGAGCAAAGCAAAGCCGCCUACCUCGGCCGACUUGCGCAGGACUUUGACAAUGCGGCCCAAGAGAACAGGGCCAGGGACCUUUUCUUCGCCCUAAGGCACUUCCGCCCAGCGGGCAAGAAAGUUUUCAAGCCUUUCGGCCCAGCUGUCACCCUGCACUGCAAAGACGGCAGCGCUGUGCAGACUCACUCGCAGCAACAAGAAAUUCACCGUGCACAUUUUGCUGAGCAAGAGGCUGGAGAUGCCCUUGACGUGGAAGCCUAUUGCAAGGCCCCACUGGCCCCUGCGCCGAUCGACCACUGCAGUCUCGCGGACCUCCCAACACUCUCAGCGGUUGAGCGGAUGAUUCGCCAGUCUAAAGACGGGAGGGCCCCAGGCCCAAGUGGUGUCCCAGGUUGUAUGUGGAAGGCAGCACCCACUGCAGCUGCCACGGCACUGCUGCCAAUCUACAUCAAGGCGCACUUACGCCUCACAGAACCCGUCCAAUAUCGGGGCUGCAGGCUAGUUGCCAUGCUCAAAAAGCUCAGCACGAAUGCUCGCGCCGAGCAUUUUAGGAGCAUCGCUUUACUAGAUCCUGCUGCUAAGUUCUACCAUCGGCUGCAUCGACAGACCCUGGUCUCCGAGGUACAAGCAAGAGAGCUGCCACUCCUCCAAGGAUGCGUCCCUGGUGGCGGACCCGUUGCUCUUACCCACGUGCUCAGUACUGCUCUCAACAUUGCCAAGCUCAAAAAGACCUCCGCCGCCAUUCUCUUUCUUGAUCUUCGCGCCGCGUAUUAUAGACUGGUCAGGGAGGCUGUGACCGGGGCAGACAUCACAGAUGCAGAGCUUUGCCAGCUCAUGCAUAGGCUAGGUGUGCGACCUGAGCAUGUGCACGACGUUGCUGCAUAUGCCAAAGCUGGAGGUUUGAUCCAGCAUGCUAGCACGCACUUCAAGCGGGUCCUUGCAUGCACCUUCCAUGCCACAUACUUUGUGAUGGAUGAUGUCCCUACAGCUACGGCUACCAGAGUGGGCUCCCGCCCCGGAGACUCAAUCUCUGACAUACUCUAUGGCCUGGCGGUAGCUGACCUCAGCAUUGAUGUCAGACAGCAGCUUGCUGAUCAGGGUGUACCCGACGCAUACAUGCCGACCUGGGCAGAUGAUAUUUCAAUGCCUGUUCUCGCUCCAGCGGCCCAACUCCUUGAUGUGGCCAAUGUUGCAGCGACCACUCUCCAUAAUGCAUGUCUUCGACGUGCCAUGUCACCUAAUUAUGACACCGGCAAGACCGAGCUUUUGCUGGCCUGGCAUGGAGAGGGUGCGCGGAAAGGCAGCACAGAAUGCUAUCGCACCGGCAAAGGGCAUAUCCAACUCCACACUGCCCCUCCGGAACGGUUGGUCUGCGUCACGCAAUACAAGCACCUGGGCACCACCCUCCGCACCACAGGGGGAGUGCGCAACGAUCUCCGGACUAAGUUUGCCCAUGCUCAGGCUGUUGUAUCCCCGCUCAUGCGAUCUGUUUUCCGCCGAGCGAGUGUUCCCCUUGCGCAGCGAGCUACCCUUCUUGAUACCCUGGCCAUGACCCGUGCUACCUUCGGUGUUGCCAUCUGGCACCACCUCACUGCCCAAGAGCAAGCCGUCUGGUCACAUGGAACUGCCAAGCUCUACCGGGCGCUCCAUCGCCCCCGCAUUGUGGAAGGAGAGCCGCACUUUCCAACAGACUCUCUGCUGUGCUACCAGUCCGGGCGCCCAGAUCCGCUCCACCAAAGGCGCCUUCUCAUUCUAGAGCAUGCCCGUUUCCUUGGCGGCCAGCAGUUAGAGCGCCUCACUGAACUGCUGCAAGAAGAGGAGGCUCUUACGCCCCAUUCUUGGAUUGCCGAAGCUCAAGAGGCCUUUGACUGGCUUAAGACGUUUGUGGGGCAACGCAUGGCCACUCAAGGAGUUCACGGCCUUACCGACUUUAUGGACCACAGCCUCCACCGGCCCAACCAAGCCAAAGGAUGGCUCCGUAAAGCUCGAGUCUUGGCCAGCCGACAGGCCCCGAUUCGCCAUGACACAACGCCGCCCACCAGGACAGCCAGCAAGCGAGAUGGUGACCUCCAUGCGGUCGGAUGCGAGCUGUGCGAAGAGCAGUUUGCCGACCUCCACACCGCAAGGGCCCACAUGUGGGCUAAGCACGGCAGUGGUACCAUGCUCGCGCAACUAGCGCCUUCCACGCGCUGUCCUUGCUGCCUCACGGAGUUCUGGAGGCAUUCAAGGCUCCUCCGGCAUUUAGCCCACGAUAAACCCGAUUGUGGGUUCCACCUGCUGGCCAUGCCGCCGAGGUUUUCCAACCACGGCGAGUCCGCGCCCGCGGAGCGGCGCGAGACCCUUCCUACCGACACUCUUCCGGCAGUCCGUGUCUCCGGUCCUCUUCCACAGCCGCAGCACGCGGGAGUGUCAGCUGAGCAGCUAUGUAAAAUGCAAUUCAUACUUGAAGAUGGCGGGCCGGAGGCCGCAGACUUUUUACAUACUGCUAAGCGACUCGUCUCGGAGUUUGCGUGUGCGAACACCGCAACACGAGACGCGCUCUUUGCGGGGCUCGACCGCACUGAGCAAGACUCUUUUUGUCGAGUUCUCUCCAAUGCGGGAGUUCUCUGCUGA